UUCAUUCGUACCUAUUUGUAAUUCUUUUGGUUGAGUCGGAGAAAUAUAGAAAAUUUCAUAAAAAUGACUUCAGGAGUGACAAAGCGACAAGUGCUAUCGAUGUACAAACUUCUCAUGAGAGAAGCUGAGAAGUUUCCAAACUAUAACUUCAGAUCCUAUGCUUUGAGAAGAAUAAGAGAUGGCUUCAAAGAGAACAAAGCUCUUACAGAUCUGAAACAAAUAAAGCAACAAUAUGAGUUCGCUACAGAAAACCUUAGCAUUAUCAAAAGACAGGUCAUCGUUGGAGACUUGUACAGAACAGACAAGCUGGUUAUUGAAAAUAUUCAGUAAUUGAUUUUAGUAUUUAACAAAUUUUAUGUAAAAU